CGCCCUCUCUCACUCAGUCUGUGUUGGACGAUGGAGAGGAGACAACCUCGCUGAGCUUCAUAUACACAUGUUAACCAUCGCUCGCUCGAGGAGGACAAGUCAAGCGCCAAGAUGAAGUACAAAUAUGACAAUGGCAUUGAACUGCUGCUGGCUCACAUGAAUUUAGAGGACAUCAUCAACGCUGCAGAGACUCUCUAUCAGCUGGAACAAGAAGAGGAGGAGGAGGAGGAAGGGGGUUUGUCGUUUGAAGAAGGGCUCUCCCAAGAGGAGAUGGAUGAGAAUGAGGAGGCCGGGGAUUUAGGGAGUCAGCAGAAGGACUACGCUGAUGGGGGUGGUGGUGGUGUUAGGUAUGGGACGGUGACAGAUCUCUUGUCUUUUGUCAACCUGCUGUCAAGCAUGGACACAGCAGCCCUGCCACACCUGCAAAAGGAGAUGGGAGUCUUGCUGAAUAAGAAAGACAUGGCUAUAAAAAAAGGUCGCUACCAGAUCAACAUGGACUUUCUCCUGUUUCCAUGGAAAUUGACCUACAAGAAUCACGGCUGUGGCCUUGUGCCUAAGGGCUCAUUUGGGAAAGUCCACUUGGCACAAGACUCCAAAACCAGGAAAAGAAUGGCUUGCAAACUGAUCCCCAUGGAGAACUUCAAAGCAGCCGACGUGGAGUUCCAGGCCCGCUUCCGCCAUGAGAACAUCGCCGAGCUGUAUGGCGCUCUGCUGUGGGACCAGAGCAUCCACCUGUUCAUGGAGGCCGGAGAGGGCGGCUCAGUUUUGGAGAAGCUGGACAGCUGUGGGCCCAUGAGGGAGUUUGAGAUCAUCUGGGUGACCAAGCAAGUCCUGAGGGGCCUGGAGUACCUCCACUCACACAAUGUCAUCCAUCACGACAUCAAACCCAGCAACAUUGUCUUGAUGUCAGACAAGGCAGUUCUGGUGGACUUCGGCCUCACAGUGCAGAUGACAGAGGAUAUCUAUAUUCCCAGAGACAUGAGAGGAACAGAGAUGUAUAUGAGUCCAGAGCUGGUUCUGUGUCGCGGACAUAACACCAAGACAGACAUCUACAGCCUGGGUACCACCAUCAUUCAUAUGCAGACAGGUAGCCCUCCAUGGGUGAAGAGAUAUCCACGUACUGCCUACCCAUCCUACCUUUACAUUAUCCACAAGCAGGCACCCCCUCUGGAGGACAUACCAGAGGACUGCAGCCUGGCCAUGCGUUCCUUCCUGGAGCGAGCCCUGGAGAGGAACCCUGGUCUGCGGAGCUCGGCAUCUGAGCUGCUGAAGGACGAGGCCAUCAAUCCACCCAGAGAGGAUCAGCCCCGCUGCUGGAGCCUCGAUUCAGCAAUGGAGGAGGCCAACCAUAUCAUGCUGCGCCAGCAGAGCCAACACCAUGACACCACGCAAGAAUCUUCGCUGUACUCUGUAGACUCUGGACACACGAGGAGAAAGGGCUCCUUAUACAUUGACCUGGGGGCCUUGCCAGGUUACACUAAACUGGUGACAGGCCCCCCCACAUCAGAAUAUGGCUAGCACUGGACCAUCAUGACCAUUUAUUUCUCUAAACUUCAGCUGAAGCCAACUGAUAAUUUACUGUUGUCUUUUAAUUGGCUCAGUCUUCAGUGUGGAGGAUAGUUCAGACAGAUGAACAGCUGCAGGUGACACUGCUCACUGAUGGGCUGUUUAUAGGACUCAGGAUGACUUAUAAUGAAUGGAAUAAGCUGUGCCUUGACGCUGAAAUGGGCUGAUGUAACUCAGCAACACUGCGGGACAGUGUUGAAUGAAAAGCAUUGUGUAUUGUUGAGCAUUAAGUUUUUGUAUAAUAUUCUGAAGCUCCUUAAGGGGAUGUUUGUAUAUGCUUUUAUUUCAGUGUACACAGUAACAACUCCAUUAUAUGUUUUUUCCUCGUGAAAGUAAAGUUAUUUUUUCACUAACAAUGUAAGCUACUGUUUCAAGCAUGUGUGCACUAUGCAAACAUGAUUAUAUGUAGGUCUUUAUGGACUUCCUCUUGUUUAUUCCUGUGGAAUAUUAAUAUCAUGAUCAUGCUAUGCAAAUGACGCUUCUGUGGAAUGCAUGCUAUAUCUGAUUUGUGUUUUGUACAUCCUGUGAGAUGAGGUUGGCUGUGUGUUUUUGACUAAACAAUGUUCAAAACUGGAAGUGUGUCAUUUUGCUGUCGAUACAAUAAAAAGCUCUGUGAUUUCAUUCA